AUGGCCGACCUCGCCGUGAUCCAGAAGCAAGUGGAGUUCUACUUCUCCGACAGCAACUUCCGCCGCGACAAGUUCUUGAAGGCGGAGACGGAAAAGAAUGCCGACCGCUUUGUGCCGUUCUCGGUCCUCUUCACGUUCAAGAAACUGCAGGCGUUGACGACCGACCCCGAGGUGUUGGCGUCGGCUUUGGAAAAGUCCACGGUAGUCGAACUCAACGAAGACCGCACUGCGCUCCGCCGCCUCCAAGCUGCGUUGUCGAACGACGAUGCUACUAAGCGCACCGUCGCGUUCAGUGGUCUCGGCGUGCUCCCGCCCAGCAUCGACGAAGUGAACGCAUCGUUCAACAUCGACACGGUCGGGUACACGCGCGUAGUCAAGGCCGCCGGUCGUUUCUUCGGCGUCGUGCAUGUGGAAUUCAAAGACGAAGCCACGGCGGAUGCUGUGCUCGCCGACAAGUCCAUCACGAUCGUCGGUCGGUCGCCGAAGAAGAUCCGCUUGUCUGCGUACUUGGCGCUGUCGCACGACGACAAGCGCGAUUUUGAAAAGGGUAUCCAGGCGCUGCUCAAGGCGACUGGCGUGCCUGCGGACGCCACGUUCCAAGACACCGUGUCGGCGCUGGAGGGUCUGUGGGAAGACGACCGCGACAAGAAGCCUCUGGUCAACUUCUUUGAAGAUUUACACGAACUCAACUUGCUCUACUCGCAAGUAUCUGCGGCCACCGAGGCAUUGGCUUACUUCGACGCCCACCCCGUGGAAGUGCUUGGCACGAAGCUCAGCUUCGAGCUGGUGUCGGACGAAUCCGCCAUCGCCGGCCGCCCGCGCAAGGACUCGAAGAAACGCAAGGCGGACGCCGCCGGCGAGCGCAAGUACGUGGCCAUCACAGCCAUCGGCAAAGCCGUGCGCGUGCUCGACGUCAAGGACCUCGUCGUACAGGCGCUGGGCGCGUCGAGUGUCCGCGUGCCGUUCAUCGAGUUCCAGACGGGAGCGUCGCUGGCCAAGAUCAACUGCACCGACAACACCCAAGCCACGGCAGUGUUUGACGCGCUCUCGAAGCUGUCGCCGGUGCCCCAACUUGGCGGCAAGACCCCCCAGUUCCACUUCUUGACGGUCGGCGAAGAGCCCGCCGUCGAGGUAGACUAUGACAACGGACUCGUAGUCAAGCUCACGGGGGUGCCGUCCGACGUGUCCCGCGACGUCGUCAAGGAGAAGCUCAACGACAUUCUCGGCGAAACCGGCGUCGUGGCAUUCAUUAAGUUUCAGCUUGGCCAGACCGAAGCGCUUCUGCGCGUGGAUGUGGUGGCGGCCGCAACCAAGCUCGUGGAACUCAUCACGGCCGGCGACGUGACGGUGAAGGAUCAGAAGAUCGGCGCCGCCGAGAUCUUGACUGGCGACGAAGAGAAGGCGUUCUGGUUGGAUGCGGAAGCCUCGCGCCGCGCGCGGUAUGCCCAGUCGGACAGCAACAAACGUCAGCGACAAGUUGAAUUUGGUGGCCGAGGGGGUCGCGGCGGACGUGGAGGCCGAGGAGGGGGCCGGGGAGGAGGUCGCCACUCGACAGAAACCAUGUCACAAUCUCCAACUAUCUCAAGGACCCCACCUCGUAUGGAAACAACUACAAAAAAGGAAAAAAGGAAAAAAGGUCGCCCGAAGAAGCUCAACGCUCAACAACAGCGGCGACUGUAUCGCACAAGUACCAACGAGAUAUUGAGUGCUGCAAAACUCAACGAUCAACUCGACCUUGACUUGCACAAAUCUACCGUUACCCGCUACUUACGCUCCAACAACAAGUUUGAGUUCAUUAAGAUGAAAAAAGCCCCUAAACUCACCCCCAUGCACAUGCUUCGUCGCAAAGAAUGGGCAUCUGAAAUGGUCGACUACGGAACCGAAAAGUGGAGCUCGGUUGUCUUCUCCGAUGAGAAAAAGUGGAACCUGGAUGGCCCCGAUGGUCUCAAGUCGUAUUGGCACUGCGUUGGACGUGAUGUCAAAACAGUUUUCAGUCGUCAAAAUGGUGGUGGCUCGCUCAUGGUGUGGGGGGGUAUUUGGGCAGAUGGAACGACUCGAUUGGCGUUCGUUGAGGGAACACAAACAGCCCAAGACUACAUCUACACGCUUGGCGAGUUCAUGUUGCCUGCAGCCCAGCUUCGUUUUGGCACUGAUUUCGUUUUCCAGCAAGAUAAUGCAAGCAUUCACACUGCCAACGCAACAAAAGCUUUUUUGGAUGAACAAGGUGUUGUGGUUAUGGACUGGCCAGCGUUGUCUCCCGACUUGAACCCCAUCGAGAAUAUUUGGGGAUAUCUUGUUGAGCAAGUGUAUGCUGGCGGGAAGCAGUAUGACACGAAAGAAGAGCUCAAAGCCUCAAUUAUGCGUCAUUGGAACUCGUUGGAGGUUUCGUACCUUCAAACUCUGAUUUUUAGCAUGAAAUCGAGAUGCCUGAGUGUUGUUGCGGCUAACGGAAUGACAACUAAAUACUAG